CAGGUGUGCAGGCACAAGGCUGCUGACCUGUCGCUGGCGGUGCGGCCCGACGGCUACCUCGUGCUGAGCGAGGUGCUCGGGUGCAAGAUGCUGGAGAAGUUCAAGGCCACCCCCGAGCAGGUGGAGAGGAUCGUGCGGGACAACGACAAGCAGCGCUUCACCCUGGCGGUGAUCGACGGCAAGCGGUUCAUCCGCGCCAACCAGGGGCACUCCAUGAAGGGGGUCAGUGACGAUCUGCUGCUCGACCGGCUGUGGCCAGGCGGCGCCAACCUGCCAUCGCAGGUGGUGCACGGGACCUACGCGAGGCACUGGAGCUCCAUCUUGGAGAGGGGGCUGCUUGCCGGGGGGAAGCAGGGGGCCAAGUUCCGGAACCACGUCCACUUCGCCACGGGCCUCCCCGCCGAUGACGGCCCUCAGCGGCAUGCGGGGCACCUGCGACCUGGCCAUCUACCUGGACCUCGACGGCGCCCUCCGCGCGGGGCUCCCCCUCUACCGGAGCAGCAACGAGGUCAUCGUGAGCCCGGGCUUCGAGGGCGUGGUGCCCGUCGCGCUCUUCCGCCGGGUGGUGCAGUCUCCCGAAAGGACGGGGCCCAGAUCUGGCCCGAGGGCUGACGCCGCCCUGCCGAGGGGGGCGAGCGAAGCGCGCCGUGUGGCGCCCCUUUUGCCGAGAAGAGCAGC